AGGGCUUUCUAGUUACAUAAAUAGCCCAGACUCACACCUAUUCUACUCAUCUCUCUCUCUCUCUCAAAUCUGCGCUUUGGGCUCCAUUGUUGCAGGAAAUCAUGGGCAAAGGUCCUGGUCUUUACACUGAUAUUGGCAAGAAAGCUCGAGAUCUUCUCUACAAGGACUACCAGAGCGACCACAAGUUCACUAUUACGACCUACUCGCCUACUGGAGUUGUUAUUACUUCAUCUGGAACAAAGAAGGGCGACCUAUUUUUAGCUGAUGUCAAUACUCAGUUGAAGAACAAGAACGUCACAACCGAUAUCAAAGUGGACACAAACUCCAAUCUCUUAACUACUAUCACAGUUGACGAGGCUGCUCCUGGGUUGAAGACGAUCUUAAGCUUCAAAGUUCCCGAUCAAAGGUCUGGCAAGUUGGAAGUUCAAUACUUGCAUGACUAUGCGGGGAUAAGCACGAGCAUUGGGUUGACGGCAAACCCCAUCGUCAACUUCUCAGGUGUGUUGGGGAGCAAUGUUGUUGCACUGGGGACUGAUGUCUCCUUUGACACCAAAACGGGGGAAUUCACCAAGUGUAAUGCUGGAUUCAGCUUUUCCAAUGCAGACCUUAUUGCUUCAUUGACCCUGAAUGAGAAGGGUGAUGCUGUGAAUGCAUCCUAUUACCAUAUGGUGAACCCGUUGGCUAACACAUCUGUUGGGGCGGAGGUAACUCACAGCUUCUCAACCAGCAAGAACACAUUCACUGUUGGCACUCAGCAUUCGUUGGACCCAUUGACCACAGUGAAGGCACGGGUUAAUAGCUUUGGCAGGGCAAGUGCACUCAUCCAGCAUGAGUGGCGACCAAAGUCACUUUUCACCAUUUCUGGAGAAGUAGACACCAAGGCUGUUGACAAGAGUGCCAAGUUUGGGUUGGCCUUGGCCCUCAAACCCUAGGUCGGUUAUUCAGUUCUUUAGGUUGGUGGGAGCAAUAACGACGUGGGCAUGAGGAAGUAGCAUAGUUGCCUGUUUACACUUUAUUCUGUUCCUAUCAGUUGAUUCUCAUAUUUUUGGUGGUUUUUUGGAAUGCAGAAAUAAAUCUAGAUAUGGGUUUAUGAACUUGUGUCGAUACUUACAUUCUCUUAUUCAUCCCUUGUUAAAACUGGGAUGAGCACUUGAUAUUUGAAGAGCUUUAAGUCAUUGACUUGAGAUUUUGUUCCAAUCCUACGAUCUUCUACUUCUUUUU